AUGUCAGAGCUGCAAAAUGGGCCCGCAGAUUCUUACGACGAGACUCGUCAGGAGCGGGUGGACGGAAAGGUUCCUGAGGCGGAACGGAUGGCUCCAGUCGACCGAUUGCCUAGGCAGCCCGUCUUCUUGAGCGUGGAGUACCCUGGCCUGCUCAAGCCCGUCUUGGAUCGCACCGCGGUCAUCAAGAAACUUCAAGAGUUGGAGCAGAUGGAAGUAGUGUGUUCAGAAGAAGAUCAAAGCGAGAAUGGGACACCGCAUCCAAGCUUGGGUUGGAGGGCGCGUGCCAUUCGCGAAGCCAGAUUGGAAGCGGCAAAUGGCACGCUGAACAGAGCUUUGCGCACUUUAUGUCCGAUCCCUGAGCCUUAUGCUACAGCACAGCUGGCUUUGAAUCACAUGAGUGGCUGCGUGUCGCACGAUUCCUCCGUGCUGGAAUGCAGACUACCCACCAGCACCUCGACACAUCGACCGGAUCCGCGAGAAUUAUCGGGGCGGUCAGCAGAUGAAAAAGUCGGAAUUGAUGUGUACAGGCACCCCUUCACCGGAGAAUUUAGAGACACGAACAACAUUGCCAUCAAAGUCACUACGCGCAGAUGGAUCAAGAAGAGACGGACAGAGAACGGUGAAGCCCUGCGUGCACGCAGCAGUGCACAACCUUCGGCUUCGGACGUUGUGCAAGCUGAAGAGAGACUCGAAUACAAGGUGGACAUCCUAGGAGUCAUCAAGAAGACUGUACGCUACAGAACGCUUGCGGACUUUGCUUACAUGCCUCGCGUCGAGGCGCCUGACGACUUUGCUCGAAACGCGCUUACUGAAUACAACGAGACGCCGCAAGCAACUUCGACGAUAACGACCGCACGCCAGCAGACUGCUCUAGAAGAGCAAGCAUCGAUGCUCCGGCAAUUCAGACCACAAGAGGAAGAGUCAGAUGUCUCAAUGCGUCAGACCUCUUCUUUGUCUCUACUUGACUCAUUACUUCGACUAGACAUUGACGCUAUCCGGCAAUACCGGAUCGCGCCAGAGAUGGAAGACUACGAUGUUCCCGUGGAGGGCGGGGAUGAUGCCAUGCAAAUGGGAGAUGGACCUCCGCGCGUGCGGAGCAAUCUCAGAAUGCCACCACCUCCAAUGUUCAGCAGGCUGGUGGCACCUCCGUCGUACAAAUUUCGUCAGAACCCCGGCUCAAAGCUCAAAAAGGACGAGAAUGGCGAAUCGUCGCGUUUCCUACAAAAGUCCAGAUGGAGAGGAUUUGCUCCGCAGCAAUUCAGUCUGCGCGGACCCUCUUCCAGUAAGGUCCCUUUGCGUUGUCAAACACAUGUGGCAGCGGAGCGAAAGCGAUGCAGUCCACAACUCAUCGCUCGACUCGAAGAGCUCUUUCAAGAGCGCCCUCUGUGGCCCCGCGCUGCCCUGUUGAACCAACUGACUGCCAAAGAAAGGACUGCUUUGGAAUUACAAAAAGCUUACAUUCCAUUGGUGUGCUACGUGAUCGUUGAUGGGCCUUGGCGAGAUGCCUUGUCCCGUUUUGGCUACGACCCACGUACAGACCCAGAGAGUCGCUUCCAUCAGCGCUUCAGCUUCCAAUCUCACAUUAAGGCAAGAUUUAUGGCUUCGAAGCCUCGACGUAAUUUGGGUUCGAAGGGAGACCUCCAUGUGACUUCAGGCAAGGGCAAAACGAGAGGACCAACGGAACCAGAAGAGGACGCCGAAGAUGAGGAGGAUGGAGAAGAAGAAGAAGAAGAAGAGGGUCAAACAAUGGAUCGACCUGGCAGAUCACCUCCAGUGCGCCAGGCUCACAAUGACCAAGACGAUGCUGUUCAAGGUGACAGUGUUGACAAUCAGACCUUGAAUGAAGAUGGAGACCUUGCGGACGACGUAGCGCCACAGGUGGGACAGUCGAGUAGCGAGGCUCCUUACGACAACCAAAGCCAUAUCUUCGAUGGUCAGACUCCCACCAGAGCACCACCGUAUAUCAGUCUGUUCGAUGUCGAAGACCCGGAGGUCUUGCCUUUGAUCCGUAGCGAAGGUCCUCAGAACCUGCUGAAGAAAUUUUCGAUGACGACAGGCUGGUAUACGUUGACGACAUUUACAAAGAUUAAGGAUUUGCUCGGUCAUCGCUUCCAUGUCCUGCAAGAGACGGGAAAACCGGCGAACUUGGAGAGUUGUGCAGAGGUAUUGCACGCUGUGGAUACAAGAUUGAGAAAUGCUGCAGAGCUGCAGGCGAGGCGGGACGCGGCCGCCAGGGGCAGUAGAGGUGAAGCGCUCGACGCGGAAGAAGCCGAGCUUCUGCGCGAGCUGGAAGAGCCCGGAGCAGCGCGCAAAAAGUCGAAAGGGAAAGGCAAAGCGAGAGCCAGGAGCUCUGCUCGACGAGCCUCGACGGUCACAGGCUCUGACGAGGAAUUGCCUUUCGAGGACGACGAGCGCAGCGUCUCGAGAAGAGAGGGCAAAGCCACGGAGAUGAGCGAGCACGAAAGCGGCAGCCGCAGAGGCAGAGGGAACGGCAGAGAAAAAGGUGUGGGGAAGGAAAAGGGACAAGGAAGGGGAAAAGCUGGAGCGGUCAGAGCCAACUCACGCACUAGUCUGAGGCGGGGAUCGCGCGAGACGUCCAGAGGAAGAUCCGGAUCUCCUAGCGCUUAG